CAGAAUCCUAAUUGGAAUGUUUGAAAGAUAAUGGCUGAGCCCAUCUUAAUCCAGGAUGACGAAAACAGCACAUUUCCUUUCGAUAUUGAUGCAGAAUGCACAGAAAUUCAUACUAUUAAUUCUAGUCUGCAAUGCUUUUUUGCCAUGACAGUAGAAGACUGUGUAGAAAUUAUAGAAUACCUGGAUUAUAAUUAUUAUGCCUUCUGUAGCUUAGACCUACAACACUAUGUACCAGUCACAAUUACACUAUUUUUGUGGCUUUUAAUGCUAUUUAUUGCGCUAGGUGUGACGUCCAAUUAUUUUUUGUGUCCUGCAUUGUUCACUAUUUCUAACCAUUUAGGGCUUUCACAAAAUAUGGCUGGUGUAACGUUAUUAGCGUUUGGAAAUGCUUCACCAGACAUCUUUUCAUCUGUAGCUGGUCUACACAAAGCAUCAGCGGAGCUUGCUGUAGCGAGUUUAGUCGGAGCUGGCGUGUUCGUGACAUCUGUAGUAGCGGGUUCAGUUUUUAUGACUGGGUCUUUCGACCUGAUGGUUAGGCCGUUCCUGAGGGACAUUGCAUUUUACAUGAUGGCCAUCAGUUGGGCGUUUGGACUAUUUUUUACAGGAAGAAAAUAUCUUUACCAUGGCAUCGGGUUUGUUCUCUUGUAUUUUGUGUACAUACUUGUCGUGUUAGGAAGUCGUUACAUUUAUGUCACCAAAUUGAAGCAGAAAGAUAAAAAAAGUGAAAAAGAAGAAAUUAAAAGCAAGGAGAUAGAAAAAUCUGGCGAUAAAGAAAAUCCUGAAACAAAGGAAGAUGACACGCGCAAAAUAAAAGGAUUCAAUUAUGACGAUGAUCUAGAUGCAGCUGCAGUAGUUUUAAAAGCAUUCUAUUUUGGAGGAUUUGAAUGGGCAGAUGGACGGCGAUUAUCGAAGGCAAAUCUAGCGUUGGAAUCACGACGAUUGUCAAACAAAAGCAACGUGUAUUCCAUAGAAAGCAAUGGAACCAACAGCUUUGGAAGUUGUCAAUCCAUUCAGAGCAACGGCAUGUCUUCGACCGAAAAACUGAAUCCAUCAGAAUUAGAAAGCAGAAGUGAAUUAUGGGAUUUCAUGGUGAAGGUGUGCCCAGUCAACACCAAAAAAUGGCAUCAGUUAAAAUGGUGGAAAAAGCUCAUAGCAAUUGUUAGAAGUCCUGCCAUUCUUAUCAUGAGGUUAACUGUUCCUGUGCUAGAUGCCGGUGAAGAAGAUUUCAACUGGAAUCGUUACCUGAUCUGCACGCAAUGUAUAACGGGGCCUGUAUUCAUAAGCCUCGUUACUGAAUAUGCGUUUCAUAUGAUUGGUGGCGUGUUUCCUUUCUUUGUCCUGCUGCUUUGCGUAUGUAUUGCCUGUUCGGUGUUUGUCUAUUGCAGAGCUGAGCGUCAUAUACCCCCUAAUUACCAUUGGCUAUUUGCUUACUUGGGCUUUGCGGUCUCAGUGACGUGGAUUUAUUGCCUAGCUAAUGAAAUUGUUGCUCUUCUACAGGUAUUUGGAGUAAUUUAUAACCUCAGUGAUUCCAUAUUAGGCUUAACAAUCCUAGCCUGGGGAAAUUCUCUCUCAGAUUUUCUUUCUAAUGUAGCUGUUGCUAGGAAAGGAUAUCCGAGAAUGGCUAUUUCCGCUUGUUUCGGAGGACCGCUAUUAGCUCUGUUACUAGGUUUAGGAGUGCCAUGCAUCAUAGAAAUUGCGAAAGGACGUGCACCAGCAAAAUACCCACUUCAUUUUUCGGCGCAGUUCGCCUUCCUUUUCUGCACCAUCGGUAUCAGCCUUCUUACUACAGUAUCAGUCAUGAGUGCCUGGAAGUUCAAAACUAAAAGACUGUACGGAGUCUUGCUUAUCACACUGUACAUCGCCUUCGUUUCUCUUUCCGUGAUCGAAGAACUGGACAUUUUCACUGUAACUUUAUGAGAUGCAACAUCAGAACUGCAAGGAUAUUUACCAUGAAGCAGAAACAUUGUAA